CAAUGUCAGUAUCUUCCGUCCUAUUCUGUUUCCGUCCCGAGAUUGAAGUUUUGUCUUGUCUGUUCUGUUUUGUUUAUUAUCGGAUUUUUAGGGACCCAGAUUAAUCAAUAAAAAAAUCUAUUAUAUUAUAAAUAACAUAACAAUACCUACAUACUUUGUCUUCUAGUAGCAGUGGUAUAGGUGUUCUUAAUUGUUAGAUCAGCUGAGUUGAGUUAAUGUUUUGUAUUUUUAUGAGAUUUUGGAAAUCGGUCGGCAUUUCUCGUAAAUUUUUAGAAUAAUACUACAUAUUGAAUAAAUGAUUAUAGAACUCAUAAUAAGCAGUGUAUUCAAGACGAUACGAGUACAAGUACAUUGAUUAUUGUAUUACUAAGAAAGGGAAACGUUUGAAAUCAGGACGGCGGAAAGCGCCGCAGAGGCCGAGGGGCGCCAGCUCCCGGACACAAUGUGGGACUCCUCGGCGUUCCUGGGCGCCCUGACGCCGAAGUUCUAUGUGGCGCUGACGGGCACCUCGUCGCUGAUCUCGGGCCUGAUCUUGAUCUUCGAGUGGUGGUAUUUCCGAAAGUAUGGGACGUCGUUCAUCGAGCAAGUGUCGCUGACGCACCUCGGGCCAUGGCUGGGCGGCGGCGGCGCGGCUGAGCCGGAGCCGGCGGGCGAGUGCAAGGUGUGGCGCAACCCCAUGGCGCUGCUGCGCGGCGCGGAGUACGGCCGGCUGUGGAGCGUCGCGCGCCGGGCGCCGCUCACUUACUACGACAUGAACCUGUCUGCGCAGGAACACCAGGCCUGGUUCUCGUGCGGAGCUGAGGGUCCCGCAGAGGAGGCGAUGGCGCGCGCGUGGCGCGAGCGCGAGCCCGGCGCGCGCGUGGCGGCCGCGCGCGCCGCGCUGGCGCUGCGCCCCGACUGCGCGCCGGCGCUGCUGCUGCUGGCGGAGGAGGACGCGCCCACCGUGCUCGAGGCUGAGAGGAUUCUGAAACGCGCGUGGCGUUGCGCGGAGGCGGCGUGGCGAGCGUCGGCGUGCGGCGGCGCGUCGUCGGAGGCGGCGCGGCGCGACGCGGCCGUGCUGCUGCACGUGAAGCGGCGCUGCGGCGUCGCGGCGCGCCGCCUGGGCCGCCUGCGCGACGCCGCCAGGCUCUUCCGGGAGCUGGCGCGCGACGCCACGCCCGCCUCGCCCGCCACUAUGGCGCACGAGAACCUCAUCGAAGUGCUGCUCGAACAACGUGCUUAUGCUGAUGUUCAGGCGGUGCUGUCGCGCUGCGCAGACUCAGCCAGCACGCUGUACACGAGCGCGCUGCUGCGCGCGCGCGCGGCGCUGGCGGCCGCGGGCCAGCCCGCCGCGCGCGCCGCCGACCUCGCCGCCACUGAGGCGAUCCGGCGCGCGCUGGAGUACAACCCGUUCGUGGCGGACUACCUGCUGGAGCUGCGGCCGCUGACGCUGCCGCCCGAGCACGUGCUGCGCCGCGGCGACUCCGAGGCCGUCGCCUACGCCUUCUUCCAUCUGCGGCACUGGAGACACGCGGCGGGCGCGCUGCAGCUGCUGGCGGCGACGCUGGCGGCCGCGCCGCCGGCCGGCGGGGCUCACUGCGCCGCCUGCGCCGACCGCGAGCUGCUGCCGGCGCAUCACGCGCGCGCGCGCCCCGGUGAGUACCAGCUCCUGCUAGCGGCUCUCCGCUUGCAUUGCUUUGAGAGUGUGUGUGUGUCCAACGUGUGUGUGUGUGCCGCAGGCGGCGCGGCGGGCGCGCCGGCGCUGCUGCCGCUGGCGGCGGCGCUGUGCGCGCUGGCGGCGCUGCUGGCGCUGGCGGCGCACCGCUGGCCGGGCGCGGCGGCCGCGCUGGCGCGCGCGGCGGCCGCGCUGCUGGACCCCGCGCGCCUGCACCGGCUGCUGGCCGCCGUCUGAAGCUUCCGGCCGCUCCGGGCGUCCCCUUCGCCUCUCAGCUCGCCACGAUUGCCUUGAGGCUUUCAAAAUUCGCCUGUAAGAACUAUGUAAAUCCUGUGGAUGUGAAAAUUUGUGAGCGUUAAGAUGGAUCGACCAAUUCCCUGAUCGUUGUCAUACUGUUUGGUCCAUUUCGCUUUCCCGGUUAUUUCGCUGAGCCGAUUUUUAUAAAAUUUGGUAUAUAAAUUGCUGACGAUCCGAGACUAGUAUUUUAAAAUAAAUAAAUAUUUAUUGAUUCUCAUAACAGAUAUCAGUACUGAAGGCGUACGCUGUAUCACGCGCAGUCGUAUUAUGGGGCAUUUAAAACCAAAUAAUGGAGCGUCUCAGCCAUCUCUAUCGCAAAUGUGGUGUGUGACAGAGAGGUUGAACACCUCGCGUCACACAGCGGCCGCAGUCUCGUGCUCAUUCUUCACGUACAGUGACGGUCAAAGCGAUUCAAGCGCGAUGUGUAUCUGUAACUCUUUAUUAUCUGGCGAAUUACUAUACUAUAUCGGAAUAAUUUCAAGUUGAAUUCGAAUUGUAACGGUUCCGUACCUUGAUUAUAUAAGCCAUAUGUAGGGUUUUUCAUUUUCGGGCAUCGUUCUGUCGGUUCAAUCUACACAGCUAGUUAGCUCCGAGGUGACUGAACCGAAUGCACGCACAUCAUUAUCAUAUCGAGUGUGUUAUUAUUAACACUGGUGUCAGAUUCAAGUCGCCUAAAGGCAUCUGACAUGACUUUUACGACUACGUACCGCCAUCUAGUGGCAGGUGUAUGCAACUCAUACACACUAGUGAACUAAAUUGUCCACAAGUGUGCAGGUUGUUUUCCUUCACCGGAAGCAAGUGGUGGUCUAUGAAAACUACUAUAUAUGGGUCAGAUUGGUAUACAAACUCAUCUGGCACGAGUGGGAUACGAACCUGAGACCUUUUGAUCCACAGGCGGGCGUCUUAACCACCACCGCUUCAAAUCAAUAAUACACAUGUAAUCAAUUGAACUGAAUCUCAUACCCAUGUAAGUGUAUGAUCCAAAGACGGACAUAUUUACUUAAGCUACUUUUCGUCUAUAUUUUUGGGGUAAAAAAAUGUUUCGUAAAACAUUUCCUUUAAUCAAUGGAAAGUGCUUGUUUUGAGGAUCUCAACUAUAUAUUUAUAUAACAUCAAAAAUUCAUAAAAAAAUAGCUAUAUAUUUGGAAUCCUCAAAACAAAUCCUUCAGUUGGUAUAUCAUACAAAAUAUUUUUCGAAACUGUUUUUUAAUCUUGUAAUUUAUCACUCAAAAUUAGCUCCCAAAAUAAACCAUUAUGUUUGUCGUCCGUACUUGGGUCACGGAUUUAUAUGUUUUGACAGUUUGCUGAAGACGUGAAAGCUUUCCUCUUGUUGCUCUUAUUAAAAUUGUAAUUCGAAACUAAAUGUAUAGGUGUGGUGUGUAGUUCGUUUACUUAAUUUAAGUAGUACAUAAUAUCUAUUUUACUUAUUUAUUUUACAAAAAUGACAUUAAUAAAUAAUUAAAUGAUUAUGUAAGUUA